UUACAAACCACACAGCCUUCACAGUAGUAUGGAAGGGUCUACACACAGCCAUGCUACGGCAAGAUCAGCCUCUGCUUCAGGAAGCCUUGGCUGACAAAAUAAGCUCUUUCAUCCAUUGCUUCAAGAAAGAGAAGACGGCAAAUCUAUUCAUACAAGCUGCUAUGGAAACUUUUGAGCGAGAGUGGGACAGAGUUAAUCAGUUCAUGGUCGACAAGAUGAUGAUGUUAUUCAGACGUGUGAUCCGACAAGCAAUAUUUCGACUGGCAGACCAGAACUGGCUGCACUCAGACCAGUUCGUGCAGAUGCUGGAAGACACAGUCAUCAGACCUCUCGACCACGAGCAUAAGUUUGGUCGCGGCCCCAAGUUACAUCUGAGCUCCAUCUACCUGGAGGAACUUGCCAAGGGCAACAACGAAGCUCUCACACAUGACGUAAUCAUGGUCUUUUUGCGUCCGUAUAUCAAGGUGUUGGCAGUGAGUCACUGUCAGUGGUACGUGAAGGAUGUCAUCACGAACGUCUUCCAUCACUUGCUACGUCAGAGCGACGUGGGUGUGGAUAACAAGUCUUAUCUGCUCGAGGGGGAAACUCUGGCCAAGCCUACCGACUAUGGCUUCGAUGAUCGCAACAUUCCCAAGGAAGGCAACGAUGCACUAAGUGAGAAUGAAAGUGAAGACGACAAUGAUGAGGAGGUAGACAUCGAGACGGACGAAGGCGUCGAGAUGGAACAAGAUGAAGAGGAUCUUGAGGAAGGCGAGGAAGAAGAGGAGGAGUUUCCUCUUGAUCCACGAGCUGGCAAUGUGGAUGUCCUCCUGCCACAGCUUAGAGUUAACUACGAAGACGUGAGUGGGGCGCUGUUUGAGGUGGCCAACAGUGAAGGCAUCUACAAGAAGAACCACGCUAAGCUAAUGGUGCUAGUGCGUCAGUUCAUGGACGUGGUGGGGGGUGUGUACCCUCUGAAAAUGUUCCCCGAGGACUACAACAAAGACUUGCCACAGGAAGAACUCAACGAAGUUGACGUUGAUAAGGCCCUUGAUCGAGCACUUAAGUUCCGUGAGCGUGAGUAUGCAGCAGUGUACAGACCACGAGGAGGUGUUAUUUCGAAACGCAACCUUGAGACGGACAAGAAACGUGCAUCAAAAGUAAGCAGGACGCUCUCACAGCAAUGGCUGCGACUGCAGAGCAUUAACAGGCGUCGCUUCAAGACUAUAACUGAGAAGAGCAACACCAAGCGAUUCAAGAAGUAUUCUAGGAACACCGACAAGAUAGAAGCCACCCUGGAGAAGAGAAGGCUCAUGGUCAAAGGAAAGAAAGCUGAGGUUGAAAAAGUACGAAACAAGGAGGCUAUUCAGAAACACAAGGAGAAAGUUCUCAUGAAAAAUGUUCUGAAAGUCACUAGUGGUUUCAGAGUCUCUGACAAGAAUUAGUGAUCGUUGAUGUAUGUUAUUAAAAAGUG